GCUGAGCGGUGCUGCAGCUCUUCAAUCACAGCACACGCGCACAAGUGUCAUGUGACUUUUCCCCUCAUCGCGUCCGACAGAAAGUUCCUCACUCGAAGAGGAGAGGAGGAGAGAACCGAGGAGGAGACGACACCAGGAGAAGAGGAGAAUAAAGGAGAAGGGGGGAGAAUAAAGGAGAAGAGAGCUCCUCAUCAUGGCGCUGCGGGACGAGCUCCUCAAGUCCAUCUGGCACGCCUUCACGUCUCUGGAUGUGGACAAAAGCGGGAAAGUCUCAAAGUCUCAGCUAAAGGUUCUGUCCCACAACCUGUGCACGGUGAUGAAGAUCCCACACGACCCCGUGGCCCUGGAGGAGCACUUCAAAGACGACGACGAGGGCCCCGUCUCCAACCAGGGCUACAUGCCCUACCUCACCCGCUUCAUCCUGGACAAGGUGACGGGCAACUUUGACCUUCAGGACUUCAACAGGAUGUGCUGGACGCUGAGCUUCAGGAAGAAUCUGAAUCAGAGCCAGCUGCUCAUCUCCAACGACGACGCCUUCAAGAUCUGGUGCAUCUUCAACUUCCUGUCGGAGGACACCUACCCGCUGACCGUGGUCACUGAGGAGAUCGAGUACUUCCUGCGUAAGCUGACGGAGGCCAUGGGGGGCAGCUGGGUGGAGGAGCGCUUCGAGGACUACAAGCUGCAGCUGGACUCGCAGCAGCAGAGCCUGAGCGCCUGGCAGCUCAUCGGCCUGGUGGGCUCGGGUCACUUCAGCAAGGGCAUUGACCGCCAGACGCUGUCCAUGGGGGUCAACGAGGUCUACCAGGAGCUCAUCAUGGACGUGCUCAAACAGGGCUACGUGAUGAAGAAAGGUCACAAGAGGAAGAACUGGACGGAGCGCUGGUUCAUGCUGAAGCCCAACUCCAUCUCUUACUACGUCGGGGAGGACCUGGCGGAGAAGAAAGGAGACAUCUCACUGGACCUCAACUGCUGCGUGGAGCCUCUAUCAGAUAAAGAGGGGAAGAAGUGUCUCUUCCUCAUCAAGUCGUCACAAAAAACCUUUGAAAUCAGCGUGUCGGACAAGAAGAAGAAGCACGAGUGGAUUCUGGCCAUUCAGACCUGCGUGAGCCUGCUGCGGCAGGGCCGGCCGGCGCCGCACCGCGAGGCCCGGCAGAAGCGGCGGGAGCUGCGGCUGAAGCUGCGAGCCGAGCAGGAGGAGCUGGAGCUGAGGAUGAACCAGCUGCAGCUGGCCAACGAGGCCAAGCAGCUGGAACUGGAGGACAUGAGGAAGGCUCUGGAGGAGGCGGCGAUUAACGCAGCAGAAGAAGAACAACGGCGUCUUCAGACCCAAACUGAGCUGCAGGACCGCUACCAGACGGACCUGGAGAGAGAGAAAAUGGUAAGCAAGAAGAUGGAGGAGCAGGUGGCCCAGAAGUCCACCGAGCUGGAGCAGUACCUGCAGAGGGUCAGAGAGAUGGAGGACAUGUACCGCCAGCUGGAGGACGCCCUGGAGGACGAGAAGCGCGCCCGGCAGGAGGAGGAGUCCGUUCGUAGGCUGCAGGCACGGUUGCUGGAGGAGGAGGCCACGAAGAGGAUCGAGUUGGAGGAGUUCCACCUGCGGCAGCAGCGCGCCAUCUCUCAGACGGAGGCUGAGAAACGGGAGCUGGAGAAGGAACGUCUGGUCAAGGAGAGCGCCCUGCAGGCAGCCAUGAAACAACUGCAGCAGCUGGAACAAGAGAGGCAGGGGGCGCUGGAGCAGUACCAGACGGUGAUGAAGAAGCUGGAAGACGCAACUAACAACACAAAGACCUGGAAGCACAAGGUGGCUGAACACGAGGGCAUGCUGCGGCUCAUUCAACCAGGUUCCAAGGGACAGCAGAUGAUCACCAAUUGGGGUCCUGCUGCGUUUUCUGAUGCAGAGCUCUCCCUGAGGCAGAAGAAAUGGCAGGAAGGGAAGAACCAGACGACCCAGGCCCAGUAGAGCCUCCGACACGCAGCUCAGAGGAUGAGACGCUGCCAGAGAGGUGGGCGAGCUCUCUGGUGACCGGGUGGACAUCUUCAAAUAAGACCUUUCUCCCCUUUGAAAACCACCGUAGAUCAAAAAGCAGCAGAACAGAAACGCCCAAGUCACAAUUUCACAACGUGAGGAUAAAGUUCACUAAUUCUAACAAAACAUACCAAGAGCAGACAUGGAAUGAUGAAAGCUUCCUUAUCAUCUAAUAAACAUGUUUGUUAGUAGCGUGUUUUAGGGGGAAGUGACGGGAGGAAUCAUGCACAGGACAUGAAAUGCUCCGUGUGGCAAGUCGAGUCAUUCCUAUUGAUGAAGUGCAUACGGCAAAUUUGGAGCAGGAUGACGUUUGACCUUUGAACCCUCGGGUGCUAACAUGCUAACAAGCUAACGGCUCACGCAUACGUUUUUGCAUGUCAUUAGUGGAAAAGAGGGCGCGUCACUACCUUUUAUCCUCUAUUACACUACUGCUUCUAAUGACAGUCCAUUCGGUUUGAGCUUGUCAUGUUGUAAAGUUAGGAGAUGUUGACCAGCAUCUAUUGGGUUGUAAUAUCUUGGCGUUACUGCUACAAAUUAGUCUCUUUUUGAUAUAUCCCCGUUAGUGAAAAUCUAUAAAUAAAAAGGGAUUUUGUACAUAUAUAUUAACAUUGGUUUUUGCCGUUGCCCUCACUAAAGUUAAGCUGUAUAAAAGAAGCAUCGGUAACGUCCACGAUGUCUCUCAGUUAUCUUCUAAUAGAAUGUACGAGUUUCUUUCCCUUCUGUCGGUCCGACCAAGAUUAAAGAACUGCCGCUUAAACAUUUCCUGCUUGUAAAUACUGUCAUAAAUAAAUAAAUAGGGCGAUCUGGCAAAAUGUCCCCCACAAAGCAGGAUGUUAAACUGCUGAACAUUUUGUUGUACUGUAACAUUAGUGCCGUUGAUAUUGUCAUUAAUGAACACUGAUUUCUACAUUGUGUUUUUAUAUAUAAAAAUGUAAAAAAAGAGUAAAAAACGUUUUAAAAAACAGG